GCCUGCCUGGCCCUGGCUUACCAAAGGGCCUUCAAAGCAGGGGUGACAACCGCUUGCAAGUCCCACCUACUGCAGAUGGGGCCCCACCCUUCCCCCCCGUCGACCGAGGGGUAACUCUGGGGCCAGGGAAAGAUGACUGCGCCCGAGGCCAGUGCAUCCUGCAGUUCUCUGUCCCCUGGGGCUCCUGCUGGACGGCGGAGUAAACGGCACAUGCCUCCAGCAGGAUUCUGAUCACCUGGCCCAGGCCCUCUCCAGUUGGGAGCGGGGCCCAGGUGCAUCGAGGCAGAGGAAAGUUGCCCUGUGCUUUGCUUGGGUGGGUAGAGAGGGGUGCGAGGGAUUCUUCCAGACCCCGGCAGGCACCUAGCUUCCACGGGACGCAGCCCCGGUAUUUGUCUCCAGCAGGGUCACCACCUUUUCGGGGUGGAGGGGAUGAAGGCUGCCACCCCGCACAGGGGAGGGGCAUUUCUCCAGGAGUAGGUCAGUUUCCAUGCCCCAGUUAGUUCUUGCUCGGCCGGUAAGCACUGAAUGGCCUGUCUGCUAAAGCAACCCCUUUCCCACGGGAUCUGAGCAGCUCCCCCCAAGAGGUACUGGGAGAGGCGACAUCCCUGACUUGCACCCUAAUCCCCCAGCCUUCCCGGACACGAUCGUCGUUCCUGGGUCGGGCCUGGAGUGUAUUUACAGCCAUUACGGACCACGGGUUUGCUUUCUGCGAGGAAGGAAACAAACCUGCUUUCAUUGCCCAGUAACCCCAAGCGAUGCAGAGAAGAGCCUCCUUCUUAGCAAGGCUGUGUCCCCCCUGGCUUAAGGCGGUGAGCCCUGGUGAAGGGGGGAUCUCACAUGAUCAGGGCUUAUGACUUGCAUUUUUCUUAAAUUUAGAACCCGCUGAACUUCCCACUCCCUCUUCUUCAGAGCCGUGUCUUUGCAGGAGAAGAGAGUCCGCUGCCCCUUGAUGAGACUUGUGCUGCUGUCCCUCUGGGGUGAAUUAAUAUGGAUGUUUGGCACCAACUCUGCUGCUGCUCCUGUGAACAAGAAGAGCCAGAGAACAAUCCGCUCCUCAGUGAGAUGCUCCGGUACUUCGAUCAGCUGGGGAAGCGCAAACGGGCCCAGGCCACCAACCUGUGGAACGAGCCCGCGGACGACACCCACAUGGAGCGGGACGACGACCGCGAGCUCUACAAUCUGCUGCAGAAACGGGCCAGGCUACGUCGGGGCUCAGAGGGCUACCGACGCCUGAGCUUCGACAUCAGCGCCCACCGCCAAAUCCGCCGCGAGGUGAAGGACCGAUGGAGGCAGAUCCUAGAGGUCCUGGGGUUCAGCGCCGAGGCAGACGGCUUGCUCGACAUCACCUCCACGGCCUCCUACAGCUCCCUGCGCCAGCCCCUGCAGGCCCGCCAGCUCCUCACCACCCUGGCAGAGCAGACCAGCCUCUUCGACCGCCACUGCAGCCUCCCCGAGCGAUACCUCUUUGUCCUGGACCGGCUGCUCAUCCUGGAUGCCGGGGAUGACUUCCUCUCCUCCGCCCGGUGCUACUACCCCCUGGAGGCCGAGGAGGGGCCCCCCAGCGAGGAGGAGCCCCCCAGCCAGGAGGCCGUGCUGGUGACGCUGAGCCCGGCACCCCAAGGUGGGGAAGAGGAGGAGGAGGAGGAGGCCGCAAUGAUGGAUGAAGAGUCCCUGUUGGUCAAGCUGAUAGAGUGAGGCCUGCCCUCCGGGGCAGCCAGGUUAGGCUGAGAGCUGCUGCUGCUGGUGGGGGGGCACAGUGCUGAGCAGGGGGUCACGGCCCCCCUCACGGCACCGUGGCCUGUUGGCAGCCCAAAUCUGCUGUGUGCCCCCCUCUGCUGCCCUCUUACCCGCCUGCAGAACCCCCUCCCCGCCCGCUGCCUGGCCUCCCCAGUCCCUACCCUUCUCCAGCUGGGCUUGGGGCCACCGGGCCCUUCCCAUAUUGCUAAGUGGGGGGGGGGAGCUGCCGUAUGGAACAGGGUGGGAUGUGCCCGCUCAGCCAGCUCUAGGCACAGGGGUCGCGCCAACCUGCUCUCCCCACUCCCAUGCAGCCACCUCUGGGGUGGAACACAGCAGCUGCUUACUAGCAAUGCUACUCAACUGGUUAGCGGGGAGCCCUAGACCACUUCCAUCACCUGCAAACCAUUCGGCUUUUCUACGGGCGUUGGCCCUGGGCUGCAGUGAUUCAUACUGGGCUAACUGGGAGCUGGGCUGGAGACUUCCAGCGGGACGGGUCCCUGCAGGUUGGGCUGUUGCUGUUCACCCUUUCCUGGACGGGCUAGUGCUGUGUGACUGUUCCCUGCCAAAGCCAGGUGGUGGGUGUGGGCAGGGAAGUCACUCCCCCGGUGACAAUGGAACGAACGGGGGAGGGGGCAGCGCUGUCAUUUGAGCGUAAUGAACGUCAACGAGGCAGGGUUUGCAGGGGCCCCCCAAAUCUUUUAUCAUCCACUUCCCUGCAGCAGGUUUCUGCCUCAAUUUCUCAGCAUGGUUCAGAGAAAUCAGGUGGCUUUUCUGACACCAAACCAAUCCCCCACUCCUGCCACAACCCGUCUUCCUCCCCUCCCUCCCCCCGCCAACCCCCUGCCCCCAGCCCUGGACUCCAGCCUCCCACCCUGCUAUUGCAGUCCUGAGCCGUGCAGCAUUGCAACACACCCUGCAACCCUGAGCUGCAGUCGUCCACCUCUUUGUUUAUUUCAGCCACCUGGUGUGUGUUUGUGUGUGUACGCACA